AUGCCGAUCGAUCUCUUUAGCGUGGCCGGCGAGAUCCGCAACAAGGUUUAUGAGGAACUUCUAUCAGCCUCCGAACGUAUCAUUAUUGAAUCAGGGCUGCGGCCGCCGCGCCUCUAUAUGGUUACCGCAUCACGCCUAUAUUCUGCGAUUCUUCUUGUGAAUAAAAGAGCAAACCGGGAAGCAAGCCCAUUACUUUAUUCGAGAAAUCAAUUUGAGUUCGGUAUAUAUUGGCCAGGAACCAAGGAAGGGCAUGAAACAAAGCGUAUGAUCUUCGCCUCGUUUAUUAGCCAAAUUGGACUCCAGAACGCAAGCUUUCUCCGUCACCUCUGCAUUCCCUUCUCGGCUUCCGGCAAUCAUUACUCUCCAGGCAUAGUGCUUGAAGAAAACAGCAUGUCCACUCUGAAACUCAUCCAGGAUAAAUGCACCGGGAUCACCACUCUCAACGCGGUGUUCGAGACCAUAACCGCCGAGAUCCUAACAGUUGUAUAUACGUCCUUCAGUUCUAUGCCAACGUUGAAAAACGUGAACAUCAUCACGUAUGAUGGGCUGCUCAGCGACGAAUUGAUAGAGAAGAUAUGCAACUGGGGUUGGACAGCCGAGAUUGUACAAUUGGAUGAGGAAGAUGAUGACUAUGACUAUGAGAGCGAUGAUGAUGAAGGAUAUUACUGGAGUGGAUACGAUUCCUAUUCUUUGUAUGACUCCGACUGA